AUGCCGUUUCCUCGACUCCCUCCUGGGGCUGCCCACCAAGCGGCAGCGUCUCUUCCUCUCCUCCUUCCCUUUCACUGCCCCCCCUCUCACAGCAUGACGGGUGGCAACGUCUCUAAUCGCAUCAAGGAGCAGUACCCCUGGGGGCGCUAUCGCUGGCUGGACUCCCUUCUGGGCCUGCCUGUGAAGCGGCAGCGCCUCUUCCUCUCCCACCGCCUUGCCACCUCCCCUCUCUCCAACGCCCUGGGCUGCCUCGUGUUCCUGGGCACGCCCUUCUAUGUCAAGAAGUGGGAAAGGAAUGGAGUGCGCAGGCUCGUGCUGGCGACGGUGGCCAGUAUUGUCGUGAUGCUGGCUGUGAUUGCCGUUGCUGAAAGAAGCGCUGUUGCUCGCAAAAGUCUGGACGCCCCUUACCUGACGCCGUUGAUCGCAUCGGCACUCAUUCUUGUCUUCGCCACCAUCAGUGUCAGCAUCGAGGUGUCCCGCAGCACUGCCUUCUACAGCGGAAACAUCUACCACUCGCCCGACUUUGAUUGGUCGCAUGCUAUGUCAGCACUGGUUGUCCACGCUGGCAAGCUGGAUGAGGCCAGCCUGGCACUCAGUUCCGAGCCUAUCGCCCGAGCCUAUGUCUUCCCGCACCUGGCGAACAUGCUGAAGCUGCCCUUCUGGAAGCCCCUCCCCCAGUUCCCACCUCACGACGCCGUGCCUCUCGACUGGCUGCUCUACAUCGCAUCCUUCGGCCGCAUCCUCCUCUGGAACAUCAUCUUCAUCCUCCCUGCUCUCAUCCUCUCGUUACUGUCACACAUCGUGGCGCCGCUGGUGAUAGGCGCGGUGAGGAACGUAAUUGUGGUGAUCAGCUUUGGGCUCGCGCAGAACGAGCUGAGCUUUGCGCAUGUCUUCAUGGACGAGAUUCUCGACCUGGGGCUCUCCUCCCAACACGUGGAGCACUGGAACGUGCAGAAACUUCUGGCACUGGCAAAGACGCGCUCUCUACAGGGGGAGCUGAUGGCGGGGUAUGAGGAUGACACCUGUGACAUGGGGGAGGCGGUUUUUGAGGCAGGGCUACUCGGGGAGGGGUUAUCUGAGGAAGGGGUACCUGGAAAAAUUGUUGAUGGGAGGAAUGGGGAGGGUAUCAAGGAGCACCAAUCUAAGCAGCCGGCAGGGAGAGAGGAGCACGAUAGCACGACCAAGAAUGGUGAAGUGCUGAAGAGAGGUGAGAAACGCGGCGCAGCUGAGAACUUGGGGCAUGUCAUGGGGAGUGUGAAUGAGGGUGCAACAGAGGGGAAGACGCACGGGGAGGAGCAACUUCUGUAUGAGUAUUUAUGGGAUGAUAAGGAGUUGGAUGAAGCAGCUGCUAAGUGUCUUACUUACCAGUGCCUCAAGCCUGAAAUCAAGAAAAUGUGGCGGAAUCCCCGACUGACCCCGGAGGAGUCUGUUAGGCAGAUUAAAGAGCUGUGUGUGAUGAUUGAGGACCGGUUUAAGGAGCUCACAGGAAAGUUUGACCUGAAUCACGGGGCGUAUUUUCGAGAUCCCCGGAUUCUGGGCGUGGUUGCACAUUUUCUGGAGUUUCGGGAGCUUCCGGAGUGGUCUAAAGCGAUUGAUACCGAUGUAAUGAGGGCUGAGCACAUGGUGCAUUCAAGCUGA